AUGGACACAGGGGUGAGAGGGACGAUAGCGGUAGGCCUGGUGCCACAGUUCUACAAGCUGGACCAUCAGCCAGGCUGGCUGCCACAGUCUAUAGCCUACCACGCUGAUGACGGCAAGUAAGUCACACACACGCAGGCGCACGCACACACACACACACACACACACACACACAUGUUCACACCAUGCAGAUGGCGGUAAGUAGGCCUCAGUCAUACCAGCUCCUCAGUUUGACCUCUAAGAUGUUUUGUUGUGAAUGUAGGCUAAUUGCGGGGACUUUCAGAGAUGCUAUGGACCUUUAUUUUAAUGUAUUUAUUUCACCAUUAUUUUAGCAGGGAGUCCCAUUAAGACCAAUGUCUCUUUUACAAGGGAACUACACAAAAAAAUAAGUUCCCACCACAGUCAUGAUAAUAUCUUACAGCAUUGUCCAGUGUGAAUAAGGCUCAAUGAGUCACUGUUAUCCUCUUCCCCAUCUAUAGGCUGUACAAUGGAAACCCUGUGGGCCAGCAGUUUGGGCCCAAAUGCAACCGUAGUGACAGGAUUGGCUGUGGAAUAUACUGUGAUACCAUUGAGGCUGGGUUGACCACAGUCUUUUUCACCAAGAAUGGCAAAGAAGUGAGUGGCUCCUUGCUUUUGGCCACAUUCCGCAAUAAGAGACCCCCAAAGAAUUGGGGCUUAACUUCAGUGCUCUUGACCGCUGUUUAAAGGGGAAUGGAAGCGUUUUACAAGCUAGGUCAAAUGUUGCUAAGCCUUGUUAAAACACUAGAAUCGAAGAGGCAGUAAUUUAGAUACUUUGUAUCCCUCAUUUACUCCAUUAUUUUUUAGAUUUGUUCUGUCUUGCAAAACACGGGUGGUUAACUCACUGCAGUAUUAGGCCUUAUAUUAUGGUUAUGAAUGAGCUUCUAAAUAGGUUCAUGGUCUUUAGCCUAUCUAUCUUCACUGUUCUCCUGCGCAAGUACACACCUCCGCUUGCCUCUCAGCAGGCCUUUCAGCUAUUCCUAAGGUCUUGUUGAGUCCCAGGAAAAACUAGGCUACAACUUGUUGGUCACAUACACUAUAUAUACAAAAGUAUGUGGACACCCCUUCAAAUGAGUGGGUUCGGCUAUUUCAGCCACACACAUUGCAGACAGGUGUAUAAAAUCGAGCACACAUCCAUGCAAUCUCCAUAUAUUGGCCGUAGAAUGGUCUUACUGAAGAGCUUAGUGACUUUCAACGUGCCACCUUUCCAACAAGUCAGUUUGUCAAAUGUAUGCCUUGCUGGAGCUUCCCCGGUGCUGUUAUUGUGAGUUCGAAACAUCAGGAACUGCUCAGCCGCGAAGUGGUAGGCCACACAAGCACACAGAACGGGACCGCCGAGUGCUGAAGCGCGUAGCGUGUAAAAAUCGUCUGUCCUCGGUUGCAACACUCACUACCGAGUUCCAAACUGCCUCUGGAAGCAAUGUCAGCACAAGAACUGUCCGUCUGGAUCUUCAUGAAAUGGGUUUCCAUGGCCAAGCUGCCUCACAUAAGCCUAAGAUCACCAUGCGCAGUGUAAAGCUUGCCGACAUUGGACUCUGGUGCAGUGGAAACACGUUCUCUGGAGUGAUGAAUCAUGCUUCAACAUCUGGCAGUCCGACGGACAAAUCUGGGUUUGGCGGAUGCCAGGAGAACACUAUCUGCCCGAAUGCGUAGUGCCAACUGUAAAGUUUUGGUGGAGGAGGAAUAAUGGUCUGGGGCUGUUUUUCAUGGUUCAGGCUAGGCCCCUUAGUUCCAGUGAAGGGAAAUCUUAACGCUACAGCAUACAAUGACAUUCUAGACCAUUCUGUGCUACCAACUGUGUGGCAAUACUUUGGGGAAGGCCCUUUCCUGUUUCACCAUGACAAUGCCCCCGUGCACAAAGCGAGGUCCAUACAGAAAUGGUUUGUCGAGAUCGGUGUGGAAGAACUUGACUGGUCUGCACAGAGCCCUGACCUCAACUCCAUUGAACACCUUUGGGAUGAAUUGAAACGCCGACUGCAAGCCAGGCCUAAUCGCCCAACAUCAGUGCCCGACCUCAUUAGUGCGCUUGUGGCUGAAUGGAAGCAAGUCCCCGCAGCAAUGUUCCAAGAUCUAGUGGAAAGCCUUCCCAGAAGAGUGGAGGCUGUUAUAGCAGCAAAGGGGUAUCAACUCCAUAUUAAUGCCCAUGAUUUUAGAAUGAGAUGUUCGACGAGAAGGUGUCAAUAUACUUUUGGUCAUGUAGUGUAUUUUGAAGAUUGUUUUACUGUUAGCAUAUUCGAGGACAGAAGCAACCUUGCUCUUGCUUGCUUAAUUUAAAAUACAGUAUAGGCCAAAUUGACUGGUGGGGAAAAGUUUGAAAGGAGAGAGAGCACAAUGGUGUGAUCACAUUUGAAGGACGCACCGGACAGGCAGAGACCAGUAGCCCUACUAUGAAAAAUAAGAUCCAAGAGUUUCCAACCAUUAGACAAAUAGAAUUGACCUGCAAACAACUUGAGAAACAAGCAUUACAGGCCAUCAUAUUCUAAAAUGUUUUUAUACUCAGUGACAUAAUAAUAUGAAGAAAGGCAAUUUCCAAUUGCAGUUAGCUGGCGUUCUAGAACCUAGUGCUUCUGUUCCCCUUUAAGCCUAACAUCCUUGAGAAGAAGAGCUAAGACAUCCUUCUGUGUGUGUGUGUGUCUACGCCUGCAUGUCUGUGUGUGUGCGCGCAUCUGUGUGUGCGUACAUGCGUCCGACCUCCGUGUGUUUGUUCCAGGUUGGCUCGGUGGUGGUCCCGGUAGCGGCGGAGGGCCUGUUCCCAGCCAUCGGGAUGCACUCCCUGGGAGAGGAAGUGAGGCUUGACCUCCAGGCAGAGUGGGACAUGGAGGAGGACGACAGCGUCAUGAUGGUGGACAGCCACGAGGAUGACUGGGGACGUCUCUACGACAUCAGGGUCACUGGCACGGUAAGGAGUGAUACAGAACAGUGUCCUCUGUCAUUCUGUCACUCCCUUUUCAUGCUGCUGGAAUGACUGAGCUCGCUCACACAUGUACACAUGCGCUUACAUGCAUGCAUGCAUGCACACUGGCAUUGCUGUCCCUGUCUUUCUAUAGCCACCUCAACAUAACACAACCAACAGGGCACAAGCUACUGAAUGGGCAGUUUUGGAGGAACAUGCAUGGCCAACAGAGGACUGACAUGUAUGAAAAAGACGACCAGCACUCGCAAAUGAAGUGUUAGGUUUUAUUUCGUUUUAUUAUCAACAGUUUUGGCCAGCAAGCCUUUUUCCAGAGGACUGAACAUUGUUUUAGACAUGUAGCUAUCUGGAGGCUGUUACUGGAGCUCCUGAGUGGCGCAGUGGUCUAGGGCACUGCAUCGCAGUGCUAACUGUGCCACUAGAGAUCCUGGUUCGAAUCCAGGCUCUGUCGCAGUCGGCCGCGACCGGGAGACUCAUGGGCGGCGCACAAUUGGCCCAGCAUCGUCCAGGGUAGGGGAGGGAAUGGCCGGCAGGGAUGUAGCUCAGUUGAUAGAGCAUGGCGUUUGCAACGCCAGGGUUGUGGGUUCGAUUCCCAUGGGGGGCCAGUAUAAAAAAAUAAAUAAUAAUAAUGUAUUCACAACUGUAAGUCGCUCUGGAUAAGAGCAUCUGCUAAAUGACUAAAAUGUAAAUGUGAAAAUGUUACAGGAAUGGGGAUUUGAGAAGAGGUUUUGCCCCGACUAUGACCCCUCCCUGCCCUAGCUUCUUGACUCCACAAGACCUUCUUGGCUUACCGUAAAACUGUGUCCAGUAGUGAUGUUGUUAGCUGGCACCUUUCCACUUGCAUGUGUGCAUUUGUGUGCCAAGAUACCGUUGGUUGCGAAAGACAGUAGUGGGGGUCAGGAUGAAUGUUUGCUGUUGUCUCUGUAAGUUUCCCAGCAGUGUUUAGGAAAGUAACAUCCUAGGUUAUGUUUGGGUUGUGGGUACGUAGAUCAGACCCCCCCCCCCCCAUCUCUAAUACAGAGAGAUUCAAAGAAUCCAGGUUAUAUAUGUUGAUACUAGAGACAUGCACAUACACGCACACACGGGUUGCGUGACAGAUGUGUUCAUCCACAGGUCGUGACAUCUCCAGUUGAGACGACUGAGAGAGACCAUCAUCUGUAAGUAGUGAGGGUAGACUGAGGUCAUAAAAGAGGGUCUGCGGGUUAAGACAAAUUAUUUCUGUGCUCUGCUUUCCUGGACUGAAGGCUGGCAGUGGCACGGAACGGGAUGGUACAAGCCAAGGCCUGGCAGCUCACCAGGUUGUAAAAAUUCAAUAAGGGGAGUAACGGGACUCCAAGGAAUAUUUUACUCCGUCUCAUGUGGUCGGAGGUUUUCACAGCUGGGGUGUUCAGCAGUGUUUGUGUGUGUGUGUGUGUGUGUGUGUGUCCUGCAGGUGGCCAUUUUGUUUAGUUCUUUUUUUGUAUCUUACUUUAGGAGCAA